AUGACAGGGGGGAACUUGUAUCAUGCAGCAGUCAAUCAGGAUGUGUCGUACUCAGUCGUGCCGAGCAACUGUCCGCCCACAGCCACCGUGACAAAGACCAAGGACCUGCGGUUCAACAAGAUCAGGAGUAUUCCUCCCAACCACUUCAAGGACCUCAAGCACCUCCACACGCUACUGCUCAACAACAACCACAUCACCAGGCUACAGAACGACUCCUUCACUGGCCUCGAGUCCCUGCGAUACCUGUACCUGUAUAAGAACCGGAUACGGGUUAUUGAGAGGCAGGUGUUCCAAGAGCUCGACAAAUUGGAACAACUGUACCUACAUUUCAACGACCUUGCAACAUUCGAGGCCGACACCUUCUCCAAUUUGACCAACCUAGAGCGGCUGUUCCUGCACAACAACCGCCUCCAGAGGGUGCCCAAAGGUGCUUUCUCCAACCUCCACUCCCUCAGACGACUGCGGUUGGACUCGAAUGCAUUGGUGUGUGACUGCCAGCUGAUGUGGCUGGCCCAGAUGGUGAAGGAAAAACAACACACCACACAGGUCGCCGCCACCUGCCAGUUCCCCUCUGUCCUCCAGGGCAAGAGUCUCACUUCUCUCAACGACUCAGAGUUCCAGUGCCGCGGUAAACCACUGAUCAAGGAGGGACCAGCAGACGUAGAUGUCAAGUUUGGAGGAACAGCGUACUUCACCUGCAAGGUUGAGGGCAACCCCCAGCCUGAGGUUGUAUGGUUCCACAAUAAUGAGGUGAUCGGUGACAAUGAGCGUUACAACAUUCUAAAUGACGGGACACUGAUGAUAGAGAACACCCAGGAUGGUGAUGUGGGCUACUAUGAGUGUAUGGCCACUAACCCAAUGGGUGAAGUCAAGUCCCGCAAAGCUAAAAUGGUGCCUGAAGAACAGCAAGAUGAAGUUAGGCAUGAACAACUUUCAGUUCCCACAAAGCCCCGUUUCCUGCUGCUGCCAAAUGAUGUGAAUGUGACUGAAGGAUCUCCUGUUGAAAUUGAAUGCCAGGCAUCUGGUAUUCCCAAACCUGACAUCACAUGGACUAAAAAUGAUGAGCCCAUAGUUGAAGGUCCAAGGAUUCAGAUAUCUAGUCGUGGAGCCUUCUCGGUCUCGUCGGCAAUACGAAAUGAUUCUGCACUUUAUCGUUGUACUGCAGCUAAUCACCUUGGACGAAUUGCUGCUACUGCCACUCUAAGAGUUUUGGUUGCACCAAAGCUGUUAGUGGAACCUGAUGACCUGUACGCCAGUCCAGGCUCAAGUAUCCACUUCACAUGUCGGGCUGAUGGAGUUCCCCACCCAUCAUCUCUUGGUUCAAAGAUGGUCAACCUGUUGUGCCAUUUGGUGGCCUCACUAUCUCCCUACAUGGUAUCAGUCUUGGAGUGCAGCAUGUUAAACCUGCAGAUGAAGGAGAGUACACCUGCCGUGCCCAGAACGCUGCAGGUCUGCAGGAAGCUGCAGCAAGUCUUUAUGUUCGUGAAAAGAUUUUCCAGCAAGUUCCAGCCCCAAGUCAAUGACAGUAUGUUACCCCAGCGACCAGGAGACCACUCAAGGCCCACUCAAGACCUGUGGAUUAGCUGGCGUAAAGAUGGUCACACUAUGGAGACUGAUGACAAGCACAGAAUUGAGAGUGAUGGUUCAUUGUUCGUAUACAACGUAACCCAAGAUGAUGCCGGGAUGUAUGAAUGUAGUGCCCAGAACCCUGUUGGAUAUGACACUGCCAAUGCUAGAGUAACAGUACAGGAAGACCCAAGACCUCAUGUUGGAGACCAGUUCUUACAUCAGAGUUUUGAGGAAGCUCGUGAUCAGGUUAACAGAGCUGUCAAUGAUACCAUCAGCCAGUUAUUCCAGCGAGACAGAAGCCGUACACCACAUCCUCACGAGUUGCUGCGUAUUUUCCGUUUCCCUUCUUCUGAAGGACGGGAGAUAGCGAGAGCUACAGAAAUGAUAGAACAGACUCUGAAUAUUGUAAUGCGACAUGUGGAAUCAGGCAUGGUGUUCAACCUGACAACGUUCAGCUACCAGGACCUUCUUUCUCCUGAAAAGUUGUUUUUGCUGACAAAUCUCUCUGGAUGCUUGGCUCACCGACGUAGUGUCUACUGUGAUGACAUGUGCUUCCAUGCAAAGUACCGCACCAUAGAUGGCACCUGCAAUAACUUACGCAAACCUCUGUGGGGCUCCUCACUCACGGGCUUCAGACGUAUUCUAAGUCCAAUUUAUGAAAAUGGAUUUAAUACACCUAUUGGUUGGUCAAAAACAAAACGAUACCAUGGGUUCUUCAAGCCCAGUGCAAGAUUGGUUUCAUCACGAAUUAUCAGCACAGAGGAGGUGUCACCAGAUCACCAUUGUACACAUAUGCUGAUGCAGUGGGGACAGUUUCUUGACCAUGAUAUAGACCACGCUCUUCCAUCUAUAUCUUCAGAAAGUUUUCAUGAUGGAGAAAGUUGUCAGAGGUCAUGUGAUUAUGCAUCACCUUGUUUCCCAAUUGAGAUUCCUCCUGAUGACCCACGAACCGCUCAUCGCUGUAUGGAGUUCACCCGCUCUUCUGGUAUCUGUGGCUCUGGGAUGACUUCUGUGUUUUUCAAUACUGUAUUGCCUAGGGAACAGAUCAAUCAACUCACUUCUUAUAUUGAUGGUUCACAGAUUUAUGGGUCUAGUGCUGCAGAAGUACGACUCCUACGCAACAUGACUCAUAAUCGUGGUCAGUUACGACAUGGAAUUUUCAUGCCAUCAGGAAAACCCCUUAUGCCAUUCAGUGAAGGUGCACCUGUAGAUUGCCGAAGAGAUUUAAGUGAAAGUGGCAUUGACUGUUUCUUAGCUGGAGAUAUUAGAGCAAAUGAACAGGCUGGUCUGACUGCCAUGCACACAGUGUGGUUUAGAGAACACAACAGAAUAGCUGAAGCCUUCAGUCAAAUCAAUCCUCACUGGGAUGCUGAUACUGUGUUCUAUGAAGCUAGAAAGAUUGUUGGAGCCCAGAUCCAGCACAUAACAUACACUCAUUGGCUGCCACACAUCAUAGGACCACAGGGGAUGGAACAGCUUGGAGAAUACAGAGGCUACAACCCUGACCUGGAGCCCACAAUUAGUAACGUCUUUGCUACUGGUGCUUUUAGAUUUGGGCAUUCUUUGAUCAAUCCAAUUCUCCAUCGACUUAAUGCUACCUUCCAGCCAAUCCCUGAAGGUCAUUUACCACUGCACAAGGCUUUCUUUAGCCCCUGGCGUAUUGUACAAGAAGGUGGAAUUGAUCCACUUCUCAGAGGUCUAUUUGCAACUCCUGCAAAACUCAAGAUGCCUGGCCAGUUUUUAAACACAGAACUGACUGAAAAGUUGUUUCGUGCUGUACAUGAGGUGGCACUUGAUCUUGCAUCACUCAAUAUACAGAGAGGACGUGAUCAUGCUCUACCAGGCUACAUAGAAUGGCGAAGAGCUUGUAAUCUUUCAGUGCCAGAAAACUUUGAUCAACUUAGAUCUCACAUAUCAUCAGUUAACAUUAGAAACAAUCUCAAGCAGUUAUAUGGCCAUCCAGGAAAUGUGGACCUCUGGGUUGGCGGCUUGCUGGAGGACCCUGUUGAAGGUGCCAGAGUAGGACCAACUUUCCUCUGUCUUCUUGUCGAUCAGUUCAGGCGUUUGCGUGAUGGUGACAGAUUCUGGUAUGAGAAUCCAACUAUAUUCAAGACUGAACAAUUGACACAAAUCAAACAAGUCACUCUAGGAAGAGUCAUCUGUGACAAUGGUGAUAAAAUAGAAGACAUGACACCUGAUGUGUUUGUGUUACCACGUGAACAGAACCCAGCAUUUAUGGAAUGUUCGAAGCUUCCAUAUGUUGAUUUACGUAUAUGGACUGACUGCUGUAAAGAUUGUCGAAAUGCUGGCAACUUCAUUAGCUUGACCCAAGGACCAAACAUCCGUUUCCGUCGUCAAGCUCAGUUUUCUCACAUUGAGGACCAAGAGCAUAUUUUGAUGGGUAUAACCAGUGGAAAACAAGAAGCUAACAAUGAAGUAGACCCAUCACUUAUGUAUAGUAAUAAUUCAGAAAAUAUUACCUAUAGUGAAUAUAGAGAAAGUCCUGUGCCUAGGCCCCACCACAGUUACCGCCAAGAUGGUGUUAGAGGCUGGGUACCAAGAACAAAACAUAAAGAAGUCAAAAGUGAUUCUAACCUGGGAAGUUAUGAGCAAGAUAUGACAGAACAGCGAAUAGAAGGGAUUGAAGUGUUGGUAGAGCAGCUCUCAAGAACUGUUAUUGAGCUGAAUAAAAAGGUUACCACCUUAGAACAAAAGUGCAGUGGAAGUAUCAGAAAGAGAAGAAGAAAAUUAUGCAGAGAUGAAGAGGGCCAUGAACGACACCCUGGAGAAUCCUGGCAUAAGGAUCCUUGCACUACAUGCAAGUGUCGGAGGGGUAAUGUUGAGUGCCGAGUACUUGAGUGUCCCCCAGUGACAUGUGACAAUCCAAUUACACAAGAAGACCAGUGUUGUCCUGUCUGUUGAGGCAAAACUGUUUAUAGAACCAGUUUCUUCAAUUCGCUUCCAGUUCUUGGAGGCUCUUCUGUGCUCGUCCAUUUGCUGAUUUGCAAAUUUUCUUUUACCAGUUUCCAAGGAAUAUUACUGACUUUGAAUGAUUGUAAGUCAUCUGCCAAAGAAAGAAAAAACAUAGAGCAGUAUUUCCUAUGUGGUGAACAUAAUUGUUAUGUACUGUGUAAACCAAACAUUCUUUUCUUUGAAAAUUUCACGAUGCAAAAUAAAUAUUAUGUUAUGUAUUACAAAAUUAAAGUGAAACAGCAUUUGUAAAGUGGGUGCAUACAAGAUUAGAAAUGUAACUGUGAUCUUUACAAUAAGGACAAAGUUGAUUUAUUUACAACAGUUUGACGGUACAGGUACUUUCUUACAGAUCCCUGAUUUAUGUACAGUCAACAUUGUUUAAAAUGAUGUGGUGACUGCAGUGAUUGUAGGGAUCUACUGUAAAUAAUACUUUACUCAUAGAGAACCAACAAUAUUAUCAAGAGCCUUUCACGGUUUUAGACUUUCAGAACAUUGCCUGCAUAUUGCCUGUCACUGCCACUGUGAAGUUUACUUAAUUGUUUUACCGUUUAAAAAAAAAUAAGUAGCGUUUGCCUAGCUUGCGCUUGCAUUACUAGUCAGUAGGAAAUCAUAUAUGUUCACAGGUGUAUUUACAUGAAACUUAUGAAAAAUAUUAACCAAUUUGUUUAUCACAACUUUUUCUAGGUUUAGCUCAAUAGUUACCUUAGCUCUGCUUUUUAAUGACAUUGUAGCAUUACUAAUAUGGUGCUAAUAAUUGACAUAGAACUUUAUAUCUAUUAUAUUUAUUACAUACCAUAAUACCAUUCACUGCCAGUAGUGUUAUAGAAAUUUUGUUAACUUAAAAUAAUGUACACCUUUGUUUGUCAGGACAUUUCAUACAUCAUCAGACUACAUUUAACCACUUGUGUACAGGGUGCCCUCUUUGGUGAAGAAAUUAAUUAAAGUGGCAUCCCCAUAGUGAAGGGGUUAAGAUGUAUUACAUGCCUCUUUAUUUUUGCACUCUCGGUUACAUUAAUGGUUAUUUGAUGAUUUUUGAAGUGUGCUUGUACUGUAUUUUCCUUACCUCCAUAUUUAAAAUGGUAAAAAAAAUUAAGACAGAUUUAGUGAUUUGUUUGUUAACAAUGAGCCACAUCAGCAGACUUACAUACAACACUUAUUCUGAAGAAUGUGAGAUAGUCUUAGGAAUUACUGUACUGUAUGUUUAAAACAACUUGAUAUUUUAUUCCUGCUUUAAGAUGGCCAAAUCAAAUUGGAGAGUCUGAAGACUAUGAUCCCAAACAUUAAAAAGCAAAAUAUCUGCAGUAGUAUACUUAAUGUGAUAUACUGUAUUGCUUGAUAUUUUCAUUCUGUAGAAAACUAGUCAAGGAUAUUCUUCACAUACUGUACUACAUGCAAAGAUUUUUUUUUCCGUGUAUCCUUUUUUUAUGAACAACCUGCAAAGAAAUGAUAACACAAAGUUACUCCUAAUUGACUAGUUUUUCACAGCAAGUUAAAUGAAUACAUCUGUUAAUACAAAAAAAAGUUCUGGAAUAAUGUCUCAUGAGUAAUAAAUUGUUCUCAAGUAUAAGUAAUCCACACCAUUUUUGUUACUCUACUGGAGUAUAUCUGAACAGAUGUUAAUGAAAAAAUUAUCACUCAA